AACUUUUCUUUAAAGCGACAUCCUAAACAUAACCUACAUAAACCACCCCUGCCUCAUCCCAUUCUUCCACACCUCUCCUCCUUUAUUUCUUGUUCGUAUCCAUUACCCAAUUCCCUGCAAUGGCCUUCUCCAAGUCACUCGUCUUUCUCUGCUCCAUCUGCUUUUGCGUGUCCCUGGCUUUAGGCCGUGAUUUUUCCAUCAUUGGCUACUCUCCCCAGGACUUGAAAUCCAUGGAUAAGUUGAUUGAGCUGUUCGAAUCAUGGAUGGCAAAACAUGGCAAGAUUUACGAGAGCAUCGAGGAAAAGUUACGCAGAUUUGAUAUUUUCAAAGAUAACUUGAAGCAUAUUGAUGAGAGAAAUAAGGUCGUGAUUAACUACUGGCUGGGGCUGAACGAAUUCGCUGAUUUGAGCCACCAAGAGUUCAAGAGCAAGUACCUUGGGCUCAAGCCUGGGUUUUCUCCAAGAAGAGAGUCCACUGAAGAUUUCACUUACAGGGAUGUUGAUUUGCCAAAAUCUGUGGAUUGGAGAAAGAAAGGUGCUGUCACCCAUGUCAAGAAUCAAGGAUCAUGUGGUAGUUGCUGGGCAUUUUCAACCGUUGCCGCGGUGGAGGGGAUAAAUCAGAUUGUGACAGGGAAUUUGACAUCUCUGUCGGAGCAGCAAUUGAUUGAUUGCGACAGGACUUACAACAGUGGCUGCAAUGGAGGACUCAUGGAUUAUGCAUUCUCCUUUAUAGUAGCUAAUGGGGGAAUCCACAGGGAGGAAGACUAUCCUUACAUAAUGGAGGAAGGUACCUGCGAAAUGACCAAGGGCGAAUCCCAAGUUGUCACCAUUAGUGGUUACCGUGACGUUCCACAGAACAAUGAACAGAGCUUAUUGAAAGCACUUGCAAACCAACCCCUCAGUGUGGCCAUUGAGGCUUCGGGGAGAGAUUUCCAAUUUUACGGUGGGGGAGUUUUCGACGGGCACUGUGGAAGUGAACUAGAUCACGGGGUGGCAGCUGUUGGCUAUGGCACAUCAAAAGGGUUGGAUUAUGUAAUUGUCAAGAAUUCAUGGGGAUCUAAAUGGGGAGAGAAGGGAUACAUCCGUAUGAGGCGAAACACUGGCAAGCCCGAGGGCCUCUGUGGGAUUAACAAGAUGGCUUCUUAUCCCACCAAGAACAAAUAAUUCCAUUAACAUCAAUGCUGAUGUUUUUCUUUCCAGCAAUGUAACCAUUUCUUAUGUAUUCUAAUAAGCAUGCCAGUCAUUGCUCGUCUAAAAAGAACCAUAUUCAAACAAAUGGGAAACCGCAUUAUAUGCAGAUUGACAAACCGUUACAAUUUGAUGAU